AUGUUUGAUCGGUUGCCCACUCAUCUUAUCGAAGAGAUCUUCCAAUACGUGAACCAAUUUGAUCUACUCAACUUGCUGUUGGUAUGUAGCCAGUUCUAUGGCCCAGCAAUAGGUAGGCUUUACAAAAGAAUAACGGUGGUUUUAAAUGGAGAGUUUCCGGUCCGGUAUAAAAAUAAGAGCAACUUAUUCAUUCAAGAAAAUGGUAUCAAGUAUAUGGAUUCGGCCCUCAUUUUCAAACCCCAAAACUUGAUGUUGCUACUCGAUACCCUCAAGAGAAACAAGACGUUGGUGUCCAAGGUGAAUUUCUUUGUGUUUGACAAAUGCAACUCCUUGAAAGUGGAUAAUAUUCCUGUGGGGUUUGUACAAAAUCAAAUCAUGGACUUCUUUGGAGCCAACUCAUCUGAUAUCCAUUUCUUGCACAUUACCUUCAUCGAAUUCUUUCAUUGUAUCGACAAGUUAACAGAGUUUCUCCGAAAUAAUAACGUUCGGAAUAAGGUGUUUAAGCUUUUUGUCACCAAACUAAACGAACUUUACAUUCCUUGUGUGCCCCAAAACCUAACGAACCUUUUUUUGAUGCUUGAUGAAUCGGAAUUGGCAGACAUAGACGAGAUAGACUUGUCAAGUGCUCCCUACAACCUUUUUUAUUCUCUUUUCACCCUUGCUUGCAGCACCAAUAACCAGUUGGGGCUCGAAGUGCUAUCUAAAAUCAAGCUCUUGGACCCAGAACUCAAACUCAACCUUAAAGGCCUCACACUUUUCCACUGCCACAAAGAAUCGAUCAUGGGAGAUGAAGAAGGAAAUAAUUCCGAUCCCGUAAGCUUUAACUCAAAUAUCCUCCUGCGCCCUGAGUUAAUGAACUUUUUCGACGGCAUAGACAAGCGACUUCGGUUUGAUAUCCUCGACAGCAAGAUAAAUGUCGCCUCGUUGACAACCCUACAUCUAAAGAUCGAUUGUAAUGAACACCGUUAUAAUAGUUGCAACUGCUUUUCUCAGUUCUUUAUGGACUUCACCAAAUACUCAGAGGAGCACGAUGGUCUUCCCAAUUUGACCAACUUUGAAGUGGAACUUUUCCCCAACCUCGAGUGGCUCCGCCCACAUCAGAUUCUUGAAAAUAAUCUUACUCCUUUGAGUACGUUUGUCACGUCACUUUCGAGUCUUUCUCGUCUUACAAUUGAUCUUUCAACUCCAGGAUUUAAGAUGUUCGAUAACUCUAUGGGGAUGACGUCUUUCAUUCUCAAUCGACUCAAUGAGAGGCUUAUGGAAGCGUUCUUCCUUAGGUUUUUCACCACCGGUCUGACUAGAACCCGGUUAAACCUCAAGACCCUCCAUCUUCCAGACUUUCUUACGUCCUUCAUAUACUACAAACCCGACUUUUACAAGUCCCUCUUGCACACCUGCAAAUGUUGGGGUUGUCAACUUUUGUUGAAUAAGCUCAAGGAUCUUUUCCACCCGCUAAUUGAAGAUGAUGAUGAUGACGAUGACGACGAGGAAGAUGAUGAAGCUCGAUCAGAGGAAAUGGAUAUUCAAUCCACCUACUACAUUCUCAUUGGUUUCAUUUUGGGUAAGCUUCAGGCCGACAGAGAAGUAUGUGUACCUAUCAAGCAAAACGCCUUCAACUACCGCAACUAUCCUAUCUACAAAGGAGCUCCUCAUACGCUCCAUAGCCAUUUUCACACCUCUAAUCUGGGGAGCAAGUGCAAAUGUGGGAUUAGCAACGGCGUAGCUGACAUAAACGAAGACCCAAAUGGCUUGGAAGCACUCAGCAUAGAUAAUUUGGUGACCACAUACGUGGUACAUCAACUCAAGCCCAUUGUGGAGUUUCUUCCGCUGUUUUUCGUUCAACUUGAUAGCCUUAUGAUCCACGGCAUCUACUACGAGAAGCAAGGCAGCGGAAUGGUGCCGAUUUUCGAUGAGCAGGAAUAUCCCUGCGAGUUUCUAGCUGAGAAAGACCUCGAAAUCAGGCUGGGUUCUCAUCCAGAUUUACCGUUUGGGAAAUUUCGUAAGUAA